AUGCCGUGGUGGGGAAAGUCGUCCAACGACGACAAGCCGCCCAAGCCUGGGUCUGAAUCGGCCAGUACCUCGGGUAAAGCUUCUUUCGAUCCGGAGACGCUCCCCAAGACCCGAAAGCUGCCCGAUGGCCUCCAGAAGAUUGUGGACGAUGCGGAUGAGGACUCUUCCAUUUUCGACGAUAUCGCCGACGGAGUUGGUCCCGCCUCGACUGACAGCAGCAUUCGAUAUGCGGCGUACGCCACGAGGAUCAGGACAAUCAUGAUGUCCGCUCACCGAUACGUGGCAUACACGUCAGAUAUUGGCGAGUCCUUCCGACCGGUCGCGCACCCGAUCCUGGUGCGGAGCGCCUACGGCAUUUCGUGGGCCUACAUCCUGGGCGACGUAUCGUAUGAGGGCUACCGUGCCUACUGGCAAAACCAACGCAAGGUCAACCCCCAGGUCCAGCUCACUCCGCAGCAGGAGAAGGUGACGGGUCUUCCCAGUAUCGUGCCCGCCCCCGACAGGAAGGCCGAGCCUGUCACCCCGCUCGAGGACUGGCGCACCGUCAUGGCCCAGAGGGCCAUCUUUCAGAGCGUCGCCAGCAUGGGUCUCCCGGCCUUCACCAUCCACAGCGUCGUCCGCUACUCGGGCAGACUGAUGAAGAAUAUGAAGAACAAGACGGUUCGCACAUGGGGCCCCAUAGGGCUGGGAUUGGCCGUCGUCCCACUCCUGCCCAGCAUGUUUGAUGAGCCCGUGGAGAAUGCUGUCGAGUGGCUAUUUCAUAAGGGCUUCGAGGCAUACGGUGGUAAGAAUUACGUCGGGAAUAUGCCCGAGACCGGCCGGGAGGAUUUACUGAACAAGAUCCCCAAGAUCAAAGGGCAUUAG